UGGUUGGAUGCUGAGUCACACGUGAUGGUGAACUUCAUGAUCAAGCCAGAGUAAAGAAAGAAAUUGUUGUUGGGGAGUUGGGGAUCAGCAGUUCAACAGAAAGUGCCAACAGUGUAUGAAGUUAACAGAAUAUAGUUGUUAAGCUCGCAAUGUCUGGACACGGCCAUGGUCACGGUGGCGGGCACCAACACGGAUGUUGUGAACACGAGCAUGAGCCCGCAGAACGCGGCGUGGAGUAUGCCCUAUUUCAGCGUAUUGACUUGGAGAAAAUGCAGUGCCUGAACGAGAGUCGUGACGGAGACGGUAAGCUCGUGUUUAAACCAUGGGACCAGCGCACAGACCGCGAAAAGUUUGUUGAAAGUGACGCAGAUGAAGAACUGCUCUUCAAUAUUCCGUUCACCGGCAGCGUGAAGCUGAAGGGAAUAAUAAUCUCUGGAGAGGACGACGAGACACACCCUGCAGAGAUGAGACUGUUCAAGAAUAUCCCACACAUGUCGUUUGAUGACACAAGACGAGAGCCUGAACAGGCCUUUCGCCUGAACAGAGACCCACUGGCCGAGCUGGAAUAUCCAACAAAGAUUGCCCGCUUCUCCAAUGUACAACACCUCUCCAUCCACAUAUCCCGAAACUUUGGUGAAGAGUCGACUCGUGUCUACUACAUUGGACUGAGAGGGGAGUACACAGAGGCUUACCGACAUGAGGUGACAAUCUGUAACUACGAGGCCUCAGCCAACCCAGCCGAUCACAAAGUGGAAAACAUCACGCCCCAAACACAGUUCAUCUCGUGACACGAACAUACACACACACAAAUGCAUGUGUGCACGCACACACACACACACACACACACACUCACACACACACACACACACACACACUCACACACACGCUUAUGCGCUGAAGAGAGCCUGACUGUUUGAAAUGGGCUGAAGUAGUAGAAACGCAGUGGCCGAGUGGGAACUGGAAUCCGGAGCAGAGGACACAGGGGACUGAGAGCGGUCGCCUGCGCAGAUAUGGAGGCCGACCGACCGACCGACCGUUAUGUAUCGCAUUUCAGACAUUCUGCCUUCAUCUCCCUCACGUUUCCACAUGUAACUACUAACUGUGGUGCGCUAAUAAAGAUGCAGAGGAAUUGAAAUUAA